AUGGCAAACACCGACUCCAAAAUUCAGGGUCUCCUAGAGAUCAAUCGCAAGUUCGCAGAGACGUGGAAAAUGCCUGCCACGAUGGAGCAGAUGCGCGCCAUGGCCCAGUCCGGCGGAGGACUCAUCAUUUUGACUUGUCUUGACCCGCGUUGCGUCCCAGAGCAGUUCUUCGGCCCCGAUUCACGCGCCGCCGUCAUUCGGAAUGCAGGCGGUCGCGCCAGCAAAGAUGUCAUAACCAGUAUCACCGUGCUGCGAUCGUUGGCGAAUGCGGCAGCGGUGCUCGUCAUUCACCACACCGAUUGUGGCAUGACUCAUCUCACUGACGAUGGAAUCCGCAAAGACGCGAAGGCGAGAACACCCGAUGCGGCAGAUGAGGUUGAUGCGACGAAGUCGUAUGGGUGUAUUGAUGCGGCUGAUUUCGAGGAGACCAUCAAGGUUGAUGUUGAGGCGCUGAGGAGUUCGAAGGUUUUGGCUGGGGUGGAGAUUAGAGGGUUGGCGUUGGAUACGGAGACGGGGCUUGUGAGGGAGCUGGAGGUUUGA